AUGGUAACUUCUUCUCCACGUUGGAAUCUUAAAAAAGAAAAGAAUGGAAAAAGAGGGAAGGCUUGGAAUGCAAGGCUAAGGUGGAUCAGGCAGAUGCAGAACAGAGCAGAGGCCAGCUGCUGCUGCUUGGGGCUCAAGACUGAGGGGGCGCAGAUCAGAGAUAGGGUGUCCGGAAAGGGUGGCACGUGCACUUUAAGUAAAGACGACAAUAGGUGGUCACGUGAUCCAACGCCCCUCGAAAGCUGGCCAUGCCAACAAAAAAAAGCCUUGAGUUUUAAGGCUCUCUGUGAUUCACAUGGCAUUGGGAUCAACCUCAACAAGACAUUCUAA